AUGUUGACCAUUGCUCUCCUAGCUCUUCUUUGUGCCUCAGCCUCUGCCAAUGCCAUUCAGGCCAGGUCCUCUUCCUAUAAUGGAGAGUAUGGAGGUGGUGGAGGACAGCGAUUCUCUCAUUCUGGCAACCAGCUGGAAGGUCCCAUCACUGCCCUCCGGGUCCGCGUCAACCGUUACUACAUCGUAGGUCUCCAGGUGCGUUACGGCAAGGUGUGGAGUGAUUAUGUGGGUGGCAAACAGGGAGACCUGGAGGAGAUCUUUCUGCACCCUGGGGAAUCGGUGAUCCAGGUAUCCGGCAAGUACAAGAACUAUCUGAGGAAGCUGGUCUUUGUGACGGACAAGGGCCGCUACCUGCCUUUUGGAAAAGACACAGGCACGAGUUUCAAUGCUGUUCCCUUGCACCCCAACACUGUCCUCCGCUUCAUCAGUGGCCGAGCCGGUUCCCUCAUUAAUGCCAUUGGCCUGCACUGGGACGUCUACCCCAGUCACUGCAGCAGCUGCUGA